CUACCAUAUAUAGUGUUUAUUUCCAAAUGUGCAUUUAAACUGUAAGCUUUAUAUAACAGUUUUAUAAUUAAUGAAAAGUUAGAAUAAAGAACGAUAAAAAUGUACUUCUUUUUAAAAUACAAUUUAUUAUCAUAUUAUUACUUUUUUAAUCUGUUAAAACUCGAAGCCUACAGGCAAAUAACAAACUGACCAGUAAAUUUAACUCUCCUGUCAGAACUUAUAUAUAUAAAAUAACGAAAUUCAUUCUUGGGGAAGUGUUUAUUCACCCGUGCCCACCAAUGUCAAGCGCAAAUGCCCUUGAUACCGACAUCAACUUUCGGUGCUUCAGCUGAUAUAUUCAAAUAUUUCACCCGCUAUGGCUCACGCUAAGGUGGAGGAAAAGGUUAUGACGCUUGUCAUAAAGCACAAUAUAUCAGCGUUUUCAAACAAAUAACGUUUAUUUCAGGUUUCAGAUACUUAAACACAUUUUAAAUAGGCUACCAAAAACACACCAAUUGGUUGUGAAAAAUAACCGCUGAACUCUAAGGAGCCGGUUAUUUUACACAUAAAAUGGAUGAGUUGCGUUAUUCACAAUGUAAUUAAGUUAAAAUAGUUACGCUAUUCUUCUUCCACUUGUGGUCAUGUGGUAACGUUAACGUUUAUGUGAAUUAUCAAGGCAUCUGCUCCUGGCAGUGCUCUUUGCCCUUCAUAGAUCAAAUAUCAUAAUUAAGCUGUUAAAAUGGCAACGUUUUGAGGAUCGUAAUAUCAGAUAACGUUAGUUCACAAUAUAAUUAGGACGUCAAUAUCUGCAGAAAAGGGUAAAAAGAAAAAUGAACGUUAUAUUCAUAAUCAUCUCCAUCGGAUGCACGGCCGGCCAGACGUGCGAGUCGGUAAAGUCUAACUGCAGAUCCGGACCUCAAUAUAACAUCAUUUCUGUUACUGUUUAGGCUAACAAUAAUUUAAUAAGUAAUAUAAAUAAUUCUCGUUAACUCCCGGCCGCAAUCAUAACGUUAUCUGAUCUAGCAACAACACUCCAGCUCACAUGGUAAACUUUAUGCGUCGCCAUAGAAACUUUGAAAAUAACGGAAACUGCUGGGUUUAGCGGGAGUAUUUAAAUAUUAAGAAGGCCUACAUGAAGGAUAACUGAUGAUAAACGAUAAAAAAGUCAGCAAAACUGCUAUCCUGGCUUCAAUCUAGGAAGAGAUGUGUUCAGGAGGAGAGUGUAUCCAGCACGAAAAAGGAAGGGGAAGAGAGUGAGAUGAGCACAAGUUAUAAGAAUGUUGGUAAUGUCCCAUAGCAUCUACCAGCAGCAGCGAACAACACAAAACGGUGAGAAAUUAUGACUCAAGCUACAUCAAAUUUGGGUUUAUUUGGAGCGGGGAAGAGAAAGACCCCAGGCCACAGUGUGUGAUAUGUGGCAAAGUUCUUAGCAAUGCUUCCAUGAAACGAUAUCUUAUAACCAAGCAUACUGCGCUUAAGGACAAACCUAUGUUUUUUUUUUUUUUUUUUUUUUACGAAAACAUAAUGAAGUUAAGCAGUCAAAAACCACAAUUCAAUCCUGCAGCACACCUAUAGUCAGAGCACAGGAAGCUUCAUAUCAUGCCAGCCUCAGGAUCGCCAAAGCAGGUAAACCGCACAUGAUUGGAGAACAACUGUGUUUACCUUUAGCCAAAGAAAUGACACGCAUCAUGUGUGGAGAGAAAGCUGCCAAAUAGUUAAACUUGGUGCCACUUUCGAAUGACACUGUGUCACGGAGAAUAAAAGACAUGGCUGAUGAUGUUAAAAAAGUGAUUGAGCGUGCUAAAAACAGUCGGUAUUUUGCCAUCCAGCUUGAUGAGACUACAGAUAUUGCUGAUUUGGCCAAUUUAAUGGUUUAUGUGAGAUAUGAAUAUGAUGGUGGAGCUCUGGAGGACUUUAUGUUUUGCCAGUCACUUGAAACCCGAACCACAGCAGAGCACAUAUUUCAAGUACUGGACGCAUUUAUCACAAAGAACAAGUUGGACUGGAAAAAGUGUGUGGGAGUGUGUACAGACGGGGCGAGGGCUAUGACAGGUCGUCAUAGUGGAGCAGCAGCUCGCAUCCGAGAGGUGGCACCUGAGAUGCAGUGGACUCACUGCAGCAUCCAUCGUGAGGCGCUGGCUGUGAAGAAAAUGCCUGAUGACCUGAAGUCUGUGCUGGACUCCGCUGUGAACUUCAUUAAGGCCAGACCAAUGAAUGCUCGCUUAUUUCAUGUGCUCUGUGAGGAGAUGGGCAGUGAGCAUGUCCAACUCUUGCUUCAUACCGAAGUAAGAUGGCUUUCAAGAGGAAAGGUGCUUUCAAGGCUUUUUGAAUUGCACAAAGAGGUCCAGAUGUUCUUACAGGACACAAAUUUUCUCUUGUCAGACAUUUUUGAGGAUACUGUGUGGCUCAGUCAGCAGGCAUACUUGUCUGACAUUUUUUCACGUUUAAACAUGCUGAAUUUAAGACUACAGAGACUCUCCAUCAAUGUAUUUGAUGUGCAGGACAAAAUCAAUGCACUACUGAAAAAGUUGGAGUUAUUUGAAAUCAAAGUCAAGACAGGUGAUGUUUCAGCUUUCCCUGCUUUGGAGAGUUUUCUGUCUGACAAUGAAUUGACACUUGAUGAUGGAGUGAAGAAGAACAUCGCUGCACACCUUGUGUCGCUAAGAGAACAGUUCAGUGAUUAUUUCCCAGUGACGCAUAUAGCUAAAGCGAGCAGCUGGAUAAGAAACCCUUUCAGCAUUGACACCCCUCAAAUGGCUUUUGCAAACUUAACUCUUGGUGAGCAGGAGAGUUUGAUAGAGUUGUCCUGUAAUGAAACAUUGAAGGCAGCUUUUCGAAAGCAGACAUUGUUAGACUUCUGGAUAAAGCAGCACAAUGAAUACCCUGUGCUUUCGGAUAAAGCCAUACGCAUUCUCCUUCCUUUUGCGACCACAUAUUUGUGUGAGAAAGGCUUCUCUUCACUUGUUGUCAUAAAGACAAAGUACAGAAGCAAGGUGGAUGCUGAGCCAAACCUGAGACUGAAGCUGACCUCCAUUGACCCAGAUAUUACCGGACUGUGCUUACAGAGGCAUGCACACCCCUCACAUUAAUUCAAUUCAAUUCAAUUCAGCUUUAUUUGU